AUGCCGCGAAGAAGCUCCAAGUCUCACGGUGUGUCUAACCAAAACCGGCACCCCGAAACCAGUCCAUCCCGGUACGGUUUCCAUAGGUUUGAUUUGGGAAACCAAGAAGACAUGUUACGAUGCGUUGGCUCUCAGUUUACUCCUGUGUCACUUGAUGGAAAGCUGGCGGAUUUGGGGGUUCUACACCUGCCAGAAACAAACAAACGAAACGCUCAACUGGGCCCAGCAGCGUAUGGCAGCCAACACCAGUUUUUGGAGCAAACCCCAGCUCCUCGAAAAACCGAACCUGGGUACCAUGGUUGCAUAGAUGGCGCCCCCCAGAAGUCGUUGAACCCUGUUCUCCUCCCCACCAUGGCUGCAAACCACCGUCAGAACGGCUUCGAAAAUACCAAUAGUACACUCCAGAAGUCACCAAGAAGCGAUCCUUGGGCGCUAUUCUAUGCUUCCAUUCACACGAACGACGAAAAGCCACGGGAGAAGAAGUCUAAGCUGUGA